GGAAAGUGGUGUCUGUGUGCUGAGUGCUGACCUGUCUAUAUUGCACUUGUAUGAAGAAAAUAGACUAGUGUUCCAUGAGGAGAGGCACGUGGAGGAGUGAGGGAUGAGCACAGCGCGAGGCCAGCCAAGGAGGUGUAUGUUGGAAAUAUAACCAGAUCAGUUGGAGAGCAUCAAUUUCUCUACUUACUGAGUAUAUAGGUACAAGCCAAGGUCAGCAUGAGGCGCUCAGCUGCUCCCUCACAGCUGCUGAAGCGAGCACAGCAGUACCGGCCGCCUUUUGUCAGCCCGGCAGCCAAGCGUCCUUGUCAGACUGCACAGGAAGAUGUACCUCAGAAAGCAGAGCCCCAGAAGAAAGAACAACCAGAUGCUGUAAAAGUGCGAAGUGCAUCUGAUAUUUUGUCUGUAAUAAGCAAGGCAUCAACUCUUGGGGAAAAUGGUACAAAAAAUGAUGAAAACUUCCCACCCUUAGAAUUUGGAGAAGAGAGUAAUUCAUCUGCACAAGGUUUUGAUUUGUCUCCACUAACAGAGACAGGCAGCAAUGUUCCUCACCACUCUAAUGUUGUUGGUACAAAGAAUUCACUUGGAAAUGUCAGGUCUUUCAGUGCACCUGGCAGGCAGUUAGGUGGAGCUCAGAGAGGAUGGAACAAACCCCAGCUGAGUGGUGGAUCUGCCAACACAAUAAGAGGUCUGCCUAGGGAGGAGAACCAGGCCCCAUCAGAAACCAAGUAUUAUGCAGUGGUGUGGUGUAAGUUAUCCCGCAAGAAACACAAGAACUGGGAGGGUGAUGCUGUGCUUAUUGUAAAGGGCCGGAGUGUCACGCUCAAGGAUAUGGAAGGGAAGGAGAUAGGUCGAGGCUCAGGUUAUAAACUGAAGGACCUUGGAUCACUUGUGGAGGGAAGCACUCCCAGUGGGGGCAAGGAGGUGGAGAUUCAGAAUGUGAUUAGCGCUGAGAGCUAUGCAUUAGGGCAUUGCUUCCAAGGGGAAGUCACAGUUACCGAGAAAGCUGCAUCUUCCCCUCCAAGGCUUCCCAGACCCAAGCCAAAGCCCUUCCGUCUCCCAACACUGGGUCGUCCUGCUGCCCCAGCUUGUUCCAGCACCGAGGCUGAAAAUAUGCCUCUUUUUAACCCUGCCUUACCAGAUGCACUUGUCAUGCCAAGACCCCCGGCCCAGCACCAGUGGCACCAGAACAGUGGACGCACCUCAGUGGUGGACGUGGUGGUGGACCCUUACCUGGCCGGCCAGCUGCGUCCUCACCAGCAGGAAGGUGUUGUGUUCCUGUAUGAGUGUGUGAUGGGCUUCCGCCUCCAGACUGGGUGUGGAGCCAUCUUGGCUGAUGAGAUGGGACUUGGAAAGACUCUUCAGUGUAUUGCUUUGAUAUGGACUCUGCUCAAACAGGGCCCGUAUGGCAGACGGCCGGUGGUGAGAAGGGUGUUGGUGGUGACCCCCUCCAGCCUCACCAACAACUGGAGAAAAGAAUUCAAGAAAUGGCUUGGCAAGGAGCGUCUUGAUGUUUUUGUUGUGCAUCAACAGAACAAGGUGGAGCAGUAUACAUCACAGCAGCAUACACCUGUGAUGAUUAUAUCCUAUGAGAUGUUCAUGCGCAAUGCUGAAAUGAUCGAGAAAAUUGGUUUUGAUUUAAUAAUCUGUGAUGAGGCUCACCGUCUCAAGAAUCCUGCCAUCAAGACCACACACCUGCUGGCCUCCCUGCCAUGCAAGAGGCGCAUCCUUGUGACUGGCACUCCAAUACAGAAUGACUUGCAGGAAUUAUUUGCAUUAGUGGAUUUUGCAAACCCCGGUGUGCUGGGAACACCGUCCAGCUUCCGCCACAUCUACGAGGAGCCAAUUGUGGCUUCCCAGCAGCCCAACACACCACUCACUGAGAAGGAACUUGGAACAAGUCGUGCCUCACAGCUCAACAGGAUCACCUCCCUCUUCAUCCUGCGCCGCACCCAAGACAUCAUUAACAGAUAUCUUCCACCCAAGGCAGAGUAUGUGGUUCUGUGUCAGCCGUCAGAAACUCAGCAGGCCUUGUACUCGGAGGUAGUUGGCUGCCGCAGUCUUCGCAGAUGUUUCACUAGCUUGGAACCAGGAGACCAUCUGUCGGCCAUCUUAGCAUUGAGAAAGCUCUGCAACCAUCCAGCUCUUCUUGCUGUCAGUGAGGAGAGUGAAAAUAAAAAUGAAUUAUCAAAGGAUAUAUCUACAUUCAUGCCCUCACAUCUUGAGGCAGGAGUGUAUGACGAGGCUGACAGUGGCAAGCUAGCUGUGGUGUCGUGUAUGCUGUGGGCUCUGCGAGAGGCUGGACAAGAAAAGAUUGUGUUGGUGUCCAAUUACACUACAACACUGGACAUGCUGGCUUCCCUGUGUGCUCGCUACAGCUAUCCCUACCUCAGGCUGGACGGGUCAACACCCUCAGCCAAGAGGCAACAGCUGGUGGAUUCCUUCAACAACAAAUACUCCACUGACUUUGUCUUUCUGCUGAGUGCCAAGGCAGGAGGGGUUGGCCUUAACUUGGUGGGUGCGUCACGGAUCCUCCUGUAUGACAUUGACUGGAACCCCGCCACGGACCUGCAGGCGAUGGCUCGGGUGUGGAGGGAUGGCCAGCACAGGAAGGUUCAUAUUUACAGGCUGUUAGUGACGGGAACUCUGGACGAGAAGAUGUACCAGCGGCAGGUUCGCAAGCAGGGUCUCAGUGGAGCCGUGGUAGAUGCCAGGGAUUCUGAACGUGUUCACUUCUCCACGGAGGAACUGAAGGACCUGUUCACUGUUCACUGGGACACAGCCUGUCUCACCCACGACCUUCUGGAAUGUGAGUGUGACCAGCAGGGUGGCAGUGCAGCUCCUAUACAGAAAACCACAGAGGAACCCGAAAGAGCCUGCCAACUUGGAGGAGCAAGUAACACUAACAUUGAUGCAGCUCACCCCACCAAGACAAUGGACCAGCUACAGAACUGGUACCAUCUUGCCCCUCCUCUAUCAUCCACUCUAAUCAAAGAUCAUUGCUUGGAGGCUGCCAGUGACUUCAUAACAUUUCUUUUUUACAAUGAGUCACGGACAGAAGUGGUUAAGCAGUAGCUGUCGUGGUGCAUCUCACACGUGUAACAGAAAAGAAAUGGUGAAAAUACGUUUGAUUAAUUUUGAAGGAGACUUAUUAUGCCUUCUACUAUCUCUGAGUCUGAAGUGUAUCACAGCACCUGGACUAAUCAGUAAAGUGUGGAAUCAAUAAAUAUUAUAUAUUUGGUGA